GAGCUGGAUUCGAUUUGUAAUGCACUAUUCAGGGUACACAUGGCGUUAUUUUACACCCUAGAUAGUGCACCUAACAAGGGAGUAGUUAGGGGAUUUAGGAUUCAGCCUGGUGUAAUCCGUUUAAGCGGCGCAUGCGCAGUGGAGCGAGUUCUGGGAGGGUCGAGGCGGCGUUGACUGUAACCGGCGUUAAAACCGCACCAGUGUCUGGAUAACGGUGUUCCAGUGAAGGAAGGACUCGCGGCUUUAAUAACACAUGACUGGGGGAAAGAUAAAGGAAAUAUGGGACUGGUUUAAAACGUGUUUGUAAGUAAGAGGAAUUCCAACGUGUGAUUUAUUCCGCUUGGAGCUCGAAGUGAUGGACCUCGGGGAGAGACUGAGCGUGUUAUUGUCGCCUAUGGGCUCGCGUUUUGUCCUGGCUUUCGGACACUUUAUGCUUUUUGUCUAAGAACAACACGAUUUUAUUCGUUUUUUUGUUUUAUUUAUGGUGCUUUUCGUAAGGGGGCGGAAUAAAAGCAGAACCUCUGCUACCUGUCGUGUAUCUUUCCUUAAAGAAACUCGGAAUAUCCGGUUUUUUUCCCUCAUUACAAAAAUAUAAUUCCAUUGAAUCUCUAUUUUUUUUUUAUUAUUAUUUUUUCAGACUGCGUUUCCACAAAUGUGUAGUCUUUCCCCCCCUUGCUGUGAGUGGAUAAUGAUGCAGGUAACUCCUCCAGGUGUGUUGCUAUGAGCCCUAGAUGCCAGUCACGUGUUGUGGGCGUGUCCAUCCCUGCGCGUCUCCAAGGAGACAGAUAGACAAAGCAGGAAUUGGCAUCUGCCAAAAUCAACCCAAGUCAAAGGUUCCGGGGAUCGCAAUGCUGCGGCCUGCCCUCAGUCUGGACGAGGUGGAGGAGAGGGACGAAGAGCAGGAGGACGACGGAGAGGAAGAUCUGCGUGAUGGAGGGAUUCUGUUCAUAGUAAACCGGGGAGGCUUACCUGUCAAUGAAGAAACGUGGGAGCAGAUGUGGAGGCACGUGACCCGGAUUCAUCCCAGAGGAGAGGAAGUGGAGAAGAGGAUCAGGGGAGCCACUGACCUGCCCAAGAUUCCUGUACCUACUGUGCCUACAUACCAGCCAACCACCAGUAUUCCACAUCGCUUGGAAGCCAUACAGAAAUACAUCAGGGACUUGCAAUACAAUCAUACUGGAACCCAAUUUUUCGAGAUCAAAAAGAGCAGACCUCUCACAGCGUUAAUGGACAAAGCAAAAGAAAUGACCAGAGAAUGUCUACCGAUCAAGUGUUUGGAGGCUGUAAUCCUUGGAAUUUACCUCACCAACAGUAUGUCAGCUGUGGAACGCUUCCCCAUUAGCUUUAAAACUCAGUUCUCAGGGAGCCACUUCCGCCACAUCGUGUUGGGGAUUCACAGCGGCGGCCGAUUCGGGGCCCUCGGGAUCAGCCGCCGCGCGGAUCUGAUGUACAAGCCGCUGGAGUACCGCACCCUCGCCGACCUGCUGCAGGAGUUUCAUACCGCCUAUAAGGGUUACUGGCACACACUGCGCAAAGUGAAAAUUGGUCAGUACGUGUCGCACGACCCGCACAGCGUAGAACAGAUCGAAUGGAAACACUCGGUGCUGGAUGUAGAAAAGCUGUCAAAAGAGGAGCUGAGGAAGGAGCUGGAGAGGCAUACACGUGACAUGAGGCUCAAGAUUGGCAAGCCUGCACCUGUUUCACCCACUAAGGACCGAAAGAAAGACAUGGGAUCCCCGCUGCGAAACCCAGGCAGUCCCAUGCGCAAGACCAGCCGAAACGAGAGGAGGCUAUCGGGUGACAAGAAGGCUCUGGAUUCGAAAGCCUCAGCUGAUAUGAAUGGAUACCAGAUCAGGGUGUGAGCGAGGUCUCUUGCAUAUGAACCAUACAGUUCCCAAGAACCAGUCUUGCAGCCAAACUGUUUUUGGUAGAUAAACUGACCAGGACGACGAAAAAAAAAAAAAAAAAAAAAGACAUUUUUAAGGACAAAAUGUUUUUAAACCCGCCAGACUAUAUACCAUGGACAAACUGUGCGAAGCAGUAGUAAAGUCAAAUUUUCCAAACCAGUGAUGCCAUGUCACUUUUAAUAAGUCAGCUGAGCAGCUCCAUUUCAAGGAACCACUUUUACACCGAGUUCCGGACUGUGUAUAUACGGCAGUGUGUGUGUACCUGAUUAUCUUGAUCUUUUUUCUUUUUUUUUUACCGACUAUUUUUUAAUUCACUUGUCAGGUGCCUUGCAAAAGCCUCACAAUCAAGCCACUCUUCUGGUAGCGCGGCUCGCAGGGUCUGAUUUGCUCAACAGUCAACGCAUCUUUCAGAUCAGCUGAAGGCAGACAGUUGCUGGUUACACCAACAAUCUAAAACACAUGUCCUUGUUGCCUCUGUGAACCAAAUAUACAAAAUGUAAUGUGUAGAAGAGGCAAAUCCAGUGUAUUGUCUCUCUGCUGAACUCUGAUCAGAGAUUGAAUAUUAUUUAGAACUAGACCACAUUAACAUUAAUCUGUUUCAGACUGCCUUUUGAAUCAACUCUGCAACAUGGACAAACAUAAAAAUGCCACAGUGUGAACAGAGAAUGAUGAAACUGAGCUUUUUUUUUUUUUUUUGGAAAAGCUGAUGCGUAACUGUCUUGUGAUCUCUUCAGUUCUGAGAUGGUGGGACGUGUUACGAUGCUGUUUUCUGUAUUAUCUUUUUUUUAACAUGUAUGAGUGCUUUGUAUAGUACACAAGCAACACCGUGCUCCGUGUUUGUUUUUAACUGUCACAGUCCAGUGGAUGUACUCCACAGUUAUCAAGAAGCCUCAAAAAGUGACUGAACUGAUAUGAAGGUGUCGAGUCCGACUCUCCGCAUGCCAUCUUUUUCAUCAGUUUACCAUUUAAUUGUGGACAGAAAGGUUUUAGAAUCGGACUGAAAAUCCCAGUGUGGCCAAGCAUUAGCCUUAUCUAUUUCCACUAUUUAAACAGCCACAUUUGACUGAGGGUUUUUUUUUUUUUUCUUACUUUUAUAAUAGAUGUGUUAUUUGGAGCAUUGAAUGCAGAUUGUGGGUCUUUUUUUAAUUAUUAUCAUUAUUAUUAAACGUUGACAUUUUAA